UCAUUACGACAGCGGGAACUGCAUUACUUUACGGCAGAGCGUGCUUGCUGGAGGUCAGACUUGACACAACAUCUACCUCCGUAAACUAGCGAGAGAUGCAGGUUUUCUUGAUAAAUUACACUUUAGGUUAAAAAACAAACAAUCCAGGUCAAACAUAACAGGUUUUGGUUAACUUGGCGGCUUUGUGUGUGAGUGUCUCGGCUCCGUUCCUAAGCGUUGCAUCAUAGCAUCUUAGCUCGGGACGGACGAGCUCUGUUGGGGCCUUUUUUUCCCCGCUCAGACAUGGACAACAACUCGCAAGGCUCCGGGGGAUUUAAAGGUGGUCUUGGCGGUCUCUUCGGAGGUGGAGCACCGGAAUAUUCCAACACGGAGCUCGCCGGCGUUCCUUUGACUGGAAUGAGCCCCCUGUCCCCUUACCUCAACGUGGACCCUCGUUACCUGGUUCAGGACACAGAUGAGUUCAUUCUACCUACAGGCGCUAACAAAACCAGAGGAAGGUUUGAGCUGGCUUUCUUUACCAUUGGAGGCUCCUGCAUUACAGGAGCUACAUUUGGCGCUUUAAAUGGUUUCAGGAUGGGCCUAAAGGAGACCAGAGACAUGGCGUGGUCCAAACCACGUAAUGUACAGAUAAUCAACAUGGUGACCAGGCAAGGUGCUUCAUGGGCCAACACUUUGGGAUCUGUUGCCUUGUUGUACAGUGCAUUUGGUGUGGUGAUAGAGAAGGCCCGAGGAGCUGAGGAUGACAUCAACACAGUAGCCGCUGGCACGCUAACGGGGGUUCUCUUCAAAUCAGCUAGUGGUCUGAAGGGAGUUGCCCGCGGGGGUCUGGCCGGUUUGGCCUUGUCUAGUGCCUACGCCAUCUACAACAACUGGGAACACCUGACCGGAACGUCGUCGUCAACCUCCAGGAUGUACUGAGCACCCCCAUGGCGCCCCUUCCCCACCUCCGCCUCUGACAUUAGGGCCAAAAGUAUCCCCAGCAAAGACGACUCAGACCCCGUCAACACUUUCCAGGGCGGGAUGCUAGGCAUGCAUGGUUCCACACAUGAUUGGCAGCACGUGGCUCAAGGACCUCCAGGCGAGCUGCAAGUGGACCUUGGUAACAUUGAACUCUGCCUUACAGUCAGUGCUACUGUGAUAUUUAUGAAAAAUUAAUGGUUAUUAAUGGUCAUUAUUAGUCUCCAUAAUAAAUUAUGGCAAAUUCUUCCCCACCAU